CAAAUCGCACUUAAAAAAUCAGAAAAAAAUGGGAGCCACCACAUUGACCCAUGAGACCACCAUUAACCCUAAUAACACCAACAUUGAUCAUGGACCGGUCGUAGACGAGCUGGAUGGCCUUAUUAGAGUAUACACAGACGGCCACGUGGAACGACCACAAUUCGAGCCGUGUGUGGGUCCCUCACUACCCCUCGAGCUCGGUGUGGCUUGCUCUGAUGUUCACAUAGACAAGUUAACCAACGUAUGGGCACGUCUCUAUGUCCCUAUGCUGACCAAGACUUCGGUUUCUAAACUUCCUUUGCUUGUCUACUUCCACGGUGGAGGUUUCUGCAUCGGCUCGGCUUCUUGGUCGUGUUACCACCAGUUCUUGGCCAGACUAUCGGCUAGCUCACGGUGCUUGGUCAUGUCAGUAAAUUACCGUUUAGCCCCUGAGAACCCUCUUCCAGCAGCUUACGAAGAUGGAGUCAAUGCAGUUCUUUGGCUCAACAAAACAAGAAACGAUAACUUGUGGUCCAAGCUAUGUGACUUCGGAAAGAUAUUCUUGGCCGGAGACAGCGCCGGAGGAAACAUUGCGAACCAUGUCGCUGCAAGAUUAGCAGCCUCAGACGAUCUCAUAAAGCCAUUGAAGAUAGAAGGAACGAUCUUGAUCCAGCCUUUCUUUGGCGGGGAGGCGCGUACGGAGAGCGAGAGGCGCGUGGAGAACAACAUGAAGAGCUCGGUGCUGACACUUGAGGGGUCGGACGCGUGGUGGAGGCUGGCUUUGCCACGUGGCGCAAACAGAGAGCAUCCGUAUUGUAAACCGGUGAAGACGAUGAUCAAGAUGGUGAGGACGCUGGUGUGCGUGGCGGAGAUGGAUGUGCUGAUGGAUAGAGAGAUGGAGAUGUGCGAUGGUAAUGAGGAAGUGAUCAAGCGCGUGGUGUACAAAGGAGUUGGUCAUGCGUUUCAGAUUCUUGGUAAGUCUCAGCUUGCUCACACCAUGACUCUUCAGAUGUUGUGCCACAUCGACGCUUUCAUCCACCACUAUCAUCCCUUUAAUUAGUUCUCUAUUUGUAUAAACUUUGUUUGUUUGUUUGUUUGUUUAUGUUAGCUCUAAAAUUGUUGUAUCUUAAAUACUAAAAUGUUUUUUUUGUGUGUUAUAGUUUCAGUCUGGAUC